GUCACCCGCUCAAAGCGCAGCGAUUCUGUAGCGGCAGCAGCGUUUGUGACCGUUCCAGGUCCAGGGAGUCAGAGGCCGUUUUUCUGGGGUGGAGUUGGGCUCAGGAAGGAUGCGGGGUGGUUCCAACUGAGAGUCUGAAUCUGGGGACCGACCAGGCUCUGGGUGAAAGCCAGAGCAAACCUGUCCUCUUGUGUGCCUCGGUCGGGACAGAGGCCCCCAGAUAGACCUGCUUCAGGGCUGGGGGUGGGGUGGCGGGUGGCGGCUACCGAUAUUCCAUAGCCGCCCACAGCCUUCCUCUCGUCCCCGAUUGCCUAAGGGGAUCCCUGUGACAGGAAGCUGUCCAGGAAGCCUCUGCCCAUUUAGAAGCGGGAGGGGAAGAGGGAGUGGGCACAAGGGAAGGACAAAAGUCUCUUUAACUGUGGAGAGGGGCAGUGGGGGUGACCCCCCUCUCCUCUCGCCUUGACAGAAAGCAUGGCACUUUGGCGGGCAUACCAGCGGGCUCUGACUGCUCACCCGUGGAAAGUACAGGUCCUGACAGCUGGGUCUCUGAUGGGCCUGGGUGAUGUUAUCUCACAGCAGCUGGUGGAGAGGCGAGGUCUGCAGGCACACAAGACUGGCCGGACCCUGACCAUGGUCUCCCUGGGCUGUGGCUUUGUGGGCCCUGUAGUAGGAGGCUGGUACAAGGUUUUGGACCGGCUCAUCCCUGGCACCACCAAGGUGGAUGCACUAAAGAAGAUGCUGUUGGAUCAGGGGGGCUUUGCCCCAUGUUUUCUGGGCUGUUUCCUCUCACUGGUAGGGACACUCAAUGGACUGUCAGCCCAGGACAAUUGGGCCAAACUCCAGCAGGAUUAUCCUGAUGCUCUCAUCACCAACUACUAUCUCUGGCCUGCUGUGCAGUUAGCCAACUUCUACCUGGUCCCUCUUCAUUACAGGUAUGACAGAUCCCCACACCACCCUUCAAGGAAGAUACACAUUAUGAACGGUUGGAGACAAAGUGAUUCUCAUUUUAACCUUGAACUACCUUAGACCCCCCAGAACACUCUGCCCUGGUCAGAGCUCCUCAGACUCCUGAGCAUUUUAUUACAGAGCAUCCCAGAGUGUCUGCCCGCUGACUUCUUUCAUCUUCCUAGGGAGGAUCUUGCUCCACAGUCCUUGUCUCCAUCCCACCUGGGCUCUCUACCUUUGAUGGCAUGUCUGCAGGGGCAGGGCUACAGCCUAGGUUAGGCAGAAAGGUAGACCAAAGAGACAAGUAGGAACGUGGUCAGGUUAGUCCACUGCAAAAUAUUAUUUUAUCCUAGAUAAUAAAGGUAGUUGCUGAAAUCUCAGUAAAAAUAUAUAGUGCAACCAAGAUGAGUGGUUAAAAUUAUUGGAGGUGUGGGGGCUUUGGGAACAGGGAAAAACAUGAAACUCUUCAGAGGGGACAGGCUCAAAAUGGACAUGAAUAGCACAGCUAAAAGGAGUAUAGACUUAUGAACUAAAUGAAACUUUAGGGUCCUUGCAGUGCUCUUUGGAACCAGAGCAAGGUAUGUUUAAAAUAAAGAGAAGGAGGUGCUGCUUUAUAUGGCAGGCAGCACAUUUUUCGGAAGAUGAGAUCUCAGCUGUACAAGACGGACAGAUGUGUAUUUAGAAGGAGCCUGGACAGGAGUACGAAUAAUGGAGCCAUGCAUGGCGAGAUGGCGGCUGAGGGGGGGUUAACUUUGGAGCUUUUGUCCAGGAGACAGAGCUCUGGGCUGGCACCAGAACCCGAGCUGGUUUUCCUCUCGUCUGAGCCACACAUCCCUCCGUGGGGGCUGAAGGAAGGAGAGCUAAAUCUGGGCAUUCUUGGAAAUAAUCCCCCUUAUCCCACUGUACUUUCCCAUCUCUCCCUGCUUGCUUGUCCUUGUUCUGCUGCUUCUUCACGGUACCAUCCCUGUUCCUUAGGUUGGCUGUCGUCCAGUGUGUUGCUGUUAUCUGGAACUCUUACCUGUCCUGGAAGGCACAUCGGCUCUAAGUCUGCCUUACCCCAUCAUUUCAAGCUUGCAGUGAUGCAGCUUCACCCUGGAAGGGUCAAACCGCCUCCUCAAAGUGGGCACAUUGGUUUUCACAGGGUUUGGUGGCUGGUCAGAACUUAAUGGGGUUAGCACUCUGAAGUGGCCUGUUUCACUCUAAAAUGUAACCUGACUCCUACUGAAAUCACUAAAA